CUCUCUCUCUCCAGUCCAGUCUCCAUGACUUAAAGUAAAUUUAACGUUAAUUAGUCAGAUUUUCACUCACCUGAAACUUUGGGGAUAUUUUUAUGAGUGAACGAGAAUACUGUACUUUUUUUUUUUGCUGUAAUUCGGCGAUGAAGAUUUUAUUUCCCCUGCACACUGGUACCAUAUUUUGCCGGUUGAUUGGAGACGUCCUAACGCAUAUCCAGCUCUCUGGCCGAUGGGAGCGGCUCCAAAUGUGCGUCUGAAAAGGCACUUGGGGUUUGAAAUCUCUCCAGAUUCUUGCUGGGAAAACAAGGAGGAUAAGAGGGACAAAACGAAAAAAGGGUGAGUAACACGAGGUGUGUGUUGCCUCUCGCUGUAGUUUCCGUGCCACUACCAUGAGUUGGAGUUUCCUGACUCGCCUGCUGGAAGAAAUCCACAACCACUCCACGUUUGUGGGCAAGAUCUGGCUCACUGUCCUCAUUGUUUUCCGCAUUGUGCUGACAGCUGUAGGAGGAGAGUCCAUCUACUACGAUGAGCAGAGCAAAUUUGUCUGCAACACAGGUCAGCCGGGUUGUGAGAACGUCUGCUACGACGCCUUUGCUCCACUCUCACACGUCCGCUUCUGGGUCUUCCAAAUCAUUCUGGUGGCCACACCUUCUCUCAUGUACCUGGGCUAUGCCGUCAACAAGAUUGCUCGGACAGAGGAGCGGGCAGACGGUGGGGGAGUGAGUGGAUUUUCACGGAGGAAACCCAAGAAGCGCUAUCUUGGGGCCAGAAAGCAACACAGGGGCAUUGAAGAGGCUGAGGAUGACCAAGAGGAAGACCCAAUGAUCUAUGAAACGGCAGAGGUGGAGAGCGAUGGUGGUGGAGCAGCAAAAGGGGGAAGUGGUGAUGGACAAGUCAAGCUCAAGACGCGGCAUGAUGGGCGCCAGCGUAUCAAAGAAGAUGGACUGAUGCGGAUUUAUGUGAUUCAGCUCUUGGCCCGCUCCUCGCUGGAGGUGGCUUUCUUGUGUGGACAGUAUGCCCUUUAUGGAUUUGCUGUACCUCCUACUUACGUGUGCACAGACCUGCCCUGCCCUCACAGCGUGGACUGCUUUGUGUCACGACCCACUGAGAAAACAAUCUUUCUCCUCAUCAUGUACGCAGUCUCCCUGCUCUGUCUGGCACUCAAUAUAUGGGAAAUGCUUCACUUGGGCAUAGGUACCAUCUGUGAGAUUGUACGCUCCCGCCAGGUGCAGCUCCCUGACGAAGAGUUGUACGGACUGACACAGGGACAAGGAGCUCUUAGAGAGGCAGGACUUGGCAGAGACGAAUACAGCAGCUACCCUUAUUCCUGGAACGCACCAUCAGCCCCACCUGGGUACAACAUCGCCAUCAAGCCUCUUCUGGUGUCUACAGGGAACCAUGACAAACCACUGCCCGUUACUGAUCUCGCUAAUGCUAAGGCAUGCCAGCAGAACCACGUGAACAUUGCACAAGAGGAGCGUCAGCAGUACACCAGUAAUGAUGACAAUUUGGGCAGAGUAAGGAUGGGAGAUGCCCCCAAAGUUGUUCAGAGGGACGUCCAUCAGCCUCAGAACAUGCUGGAAGCGGACAGUCAGGCCUACAGCCAGCUGCAGAGCCACAGCAACAACCACAGCAAGCUUCACCGUGAACACCGCAAACACCGGCAGACCUAUAAACACGCCUCCAGCAAGACAGAUGCAGACAGAGGCAGCAGCAGCACCAGUAGUAACAGCAAAUACGGAGUGAUAAAGGGCUCUGAGUGGAUCUGAAGUACAGGCUGUGACUUUUUGUUAUUCUUCAAACAAUAUGAAAGCUCCUCAGACCAACGCAGUAUUUACAUUUGUAAGUCUGAUAUUAAACUAUAAUAAAAAAAAAAAAAGACAGGGCAGCCACUUAUCUUCAGUGAUAUUCAUGCAAUUAAAAUAGUAUGACAGUAUUGUACUAUUAAAAUAUUUAGUGAAAAAUAGUGCCAAGAUCCACCUUAUACCAGCCCACUAAUACCUCUCUCCUACAAAAACAAAACACUUAAAGGAUUUGCCACACUUUUACAUACCUAAACGUCCCCCUGACAAUAAAUAGCACAUUUAAUGUGGGAAUAUUAUACGUAUUGAAUCAGUUUACACUAGUAUGGAAAAAAAUGUGUUUUUAUUAGUAUAAACAUGUUAACUCCAGUUGUUCAGAUGGAGAGUUGGUUUAAAAGAAAUCUCUCCACUUCUGGGAAAAGACAAAAUGUCCAUGGCCUGGUUUUAAUGUGUCAGCUUGUGAUAAUUUCACACUUUCAGUAUUCAGUAUUACAACAACUCAAAAUAACAUUUUGUUGAAUAGCUUUUUCUGGAGGAUGUUAGUUCUGUCUUUAAUUCGUUGUGGAUACCGGUAUGCAGAGGUUUUCAUGCUGUAACCUAAGGUGCCUUAUUUAACCAGUCAAAGAGCUGCUUCAUACUGACUCAGCAUCACUGUUCAACAGUUGAAUAAUUAAUUGUUUUCUACAAAAUGUCCUCGUCAUUAUGGACCGAAAACAGAAUCUAAGUCCUGUUGUCUGUGUGACUGGUUUCAUUACCAUCAAAGGCCUAAAAUGUGGAACAGAAUUGUUGUUUCUGAAUAUACAAAAUUCUCUUUUUAUUUUCACCAAACAGGUUUGAUGGUGAUUGAUUGUUUUCCAAGCUUAUAAAGAAGAAAUGAGAGUGUGUGUUUUCACAUGGUAAUUUUACAACUUUUCUGUGUUAUUUUGGGGGUUUUGUGCUUUUAAGGAUUUUGAAAUGUUUCUGUAAUUGGAUGUUUGGCAAAGUUUAAUGACCUAAUUCUGCUGUUCAGACUGUUGUCAGUGUUUUGUUGUCAACCUGUUACAGUUUUUGACAUAUGUGAUGUUUGAAGUUUAUGCUAUAAAGGUUUUCUCAACCAUUAGUUAAUUACUUUGUGUUUCUGGCCUGUGUUUUUUUUUUUUUUUGUCCUGGUAUGAAGAAUUUCUUGUUAUUGAUACAUACUUUCAUUUUCAGAUUUUCAAAGUGGAGUGCCAUUAAGGCUUGUCCUUGGUACUGUGCCAGUGUUUCAUUUUGUUGAAAAAUAUUUUUAUGAACAAAAAAUGCAUGUUUUGAAUAAAGAAUUUGUAUUUGU